CGAAGCGCUCGCUUUACCGCUCUCGUUUUCUCCGGCCGGUGGUCUUCUUAGUUUCGGGACGCUGAAGUCGGUCUUGAGAUAGUUUCAAUCUCCAUGGAAGCUAAAUUCUUUCGCUUUCUAAAGAUUGUGGGUGUUGGCUACAAAGCCAGAGCUGAAGCUGAGGGGCAACUCUUAUAUCUCAAAUUUGGGAUACAGCCACGAGGUUGAACUAACUGUUCCUCCGGCUGUCCGUUGUUUUCUGCGUCAAAAACAAUGUAGUUUGGUGCACUGGAAUUGACAAGCAGAGGGUGCACCAAUUUGCUGCUUCUGUUCGUAGUUGCAAGCCUCCAGAAGUCUACAAGGGAAAGGGUAUAAUGUGCAUCGAUGAAGUUAUCAAGAAGAAACAGGGAAAGAAGUCAAAAUGAGAAGAAAAAUUUGAUACUGAUGGGCAUUUUUUGCAUGUUUACAUGAUUGUAUUCUCAAUUUUCUAAUUUUCUGAUACUGAAUUGAAUCUGCAAAUCUGUUUUAGGUCGUAUUUUUCUAUUGUCAAAGAUAUUUCAGAAUUAUUGUAACAACUUUACAGUCUUUUUAAGAUUGUUUAAUAAAUUUAUUAUUGUCAU